CAGCCGCCAGCACACUCGUCCACAGGAUAUUACAUUUCAACAAAACCGUCAAGACCAUGGAGCAGUAAAACAUUCUCUUCGCGACCACCGGCUUUUCCAGAUCGUCAGCCCCCGUCUUUUUCCACCUCUUCAAUCAUCAUAUCUCCUCAAUCAUUGGUAUCUCCCGAACCACGUUUUCGUUUCGAUGACAGGGCCCGUCUGACAGAUGAGCAACAAAAGUCGGCUCAGGAGGCCAAGAAACGCCACAACUUAAUUUGA